CGCUGAUCAAGUGCACUUGUACUUUUACAGCAAGAGGCUUUGAAAUUCAAAUCCUCUUGGCUGUCAUGCCUACAACAAUCUCCAGACGCAAGCGCGCCAGGAAGGCAUGCAUCCCUUGCCAUCAGCGCAAGCGGAAAUGCGACACCGAAUAUCCUUGUGGCAUGUGCACGAGCUAUGACUACGACUGCAGGUACACCGACGAAGAUACCGCUGGCACCGCGGGUGGUGGAGUUGAUGACCCGCCCCAAGCCAAGCGUAUCGCCCAUGGUCGCAGAAGUCGUUUAAAUAGCCGAUCUCAUGUAGAGCAAGGCCCUCAUGGAACCGAUAGCUCAUCGACGAACAGCCUCACUGUCGUAGCCAGCCCGUCAACAGGCAUCUUUGACGCGCACAAGUCCAGAUACGCCGGGGCGUCAGCGGCCAUGGCAUUUCCACACAUCCUCGGCGUGGCUCUCGGUUCUGACAGCCCUCCCAAGAUGCGGUCAUUUGCUUACAACUUCGGCAUCCGACCUGAAGAGACAUCCAACACGCACGGCUUUCUCGGGAAUCUCAUCUCCUUGAAAGACCUCCGUCACUUCGCAGGUGUUUACUCCGCGGUCCUGGCCCCUAUCGGGGACCUGUUUGACCCCCGAAUCUUUCUCGACCGAUGUGAAGAUUAUUACCAUGGCCCCGGUAGUACGCAAGUUGCGUUUGCUGCAGUAGCUGCUGGCGUAGCUAGUCUUGGGUCGUUCCUAUCUCCCGAGAGACACCCGCGAGAGUCUGACCUGGUGCAGUACGCCAAAGCCAUUCUCGAUGAUCCCGCUUCCAUGCGCAUGCACAGCAUCGACCACAUAGUCGCGUGGGGCUUGCGAGUGCUUUACCUGCGCGCCACGACCCGUCCUAACAAUGCCUGGAUCGCUUCUUGCACCCUCAUGCACCUCUGUGAGACAGUGGGGUUGCACGAGGAAGGGAACAUCAAGAAGAUGGCGUCCACAUCCAGCGCCGCUACCCUUGGAUAUGAUGCCGACCGGCUGAGGGGUAUUUUUUGGUUCGCUUGGGCGGGACACAACAUGCUGUCGUAUGAGCAAGAUUGUUCGGCGGUACACUUUCGGGCUGUGACUUGUCAGGGUAUCAUCCCGACCCCGGAUUCCGCUGCAGACCAGUUUGUACGGUUAGUCCAGAUCAUUCCGGCGCCUAACUCGCCGUUUCAACUUGAACGGCAGCCUUCAAGUCCGAAUGAAGAGCUAUUUGAGCGUUUGAAGGCAUUGGACGAAUUCCAAGUCACUCAUCCGUUCCUGGUGGUAACCAAGGCAGACAUCGCUCUUUGCUUCUAUAGACGCGCAUACCAACUCAAGUCCUGGAUACCGGACGAGUUUAUCAAGCUCGUCAUCGAUAUCGGCAACGCGGGUGUGGAGGCGGCCGAACAGCUCGCUAACCACGGUCGUCUAUUUUGGAACGUCAUUGGCAGUGUCUUCCAGUAUGCCUGCGUUCUGUUGGCAAUAGACACGCCAACCGCUUCCGUCCACAUCGGCACUGCCUUCAAAGGCUUGGAAACCCUGGUCAAGGCGGCCGAUACAGGACUCACGCGUGAGGCGUUGUCCAUGGCGCGACAUCUACUCAGCCUGAAAAUGGCAAAGAAGCGCAACGAGCUUGCGCAGCUGGAAGCUGUCGAGGCAAGCUACGGAUUCUCUCAGCCGCAGCCAGCAACUGAGGCCCGCAACUCUGCGCCAGACAUGAGCUGGGAGCUGGACUGGGACCAGUUCUUCGUCGACCCGUAUCUUUCGAUGCUCGGUUGGGACGCCCAGUUAUAG